AUGGAAGGUAUGGUCGAAACAAGCAAAUACCUCGGCGACCCAAAGACUGCCGACUGGGUGUAUCAAGGAACCCCACUUGUAUACAAUAACGAGAGCAUUCUCUUGACCAUGCCGGCUAGAUCGGUUGGCACCGUCCUAGCCACAACUACCUACAUGUGGUACGGGACCGUGACCGCGAGGCUGAAGACUUCGCGCGGUGCUGGUAUUGUGACUGCCUUCAUACUUCUCAGUGACGUGAAAGACGAAAUCGACUACGAAUUUGUCGGCACAGAGCUUGAGAUAGCACAGACAAACUACUAUUCCCAGGGCAUACCGAUUUAUGCCAAUUCAGCCAACCUUACUCUAUCUAAUACGUACCACAACUGGCACACUUACCAGAUCCGGUGGACGCCAGACACAAUUACAUGGCUAGUUGACAACCAGGUAGGUCGCGUCAAGAAGAGAUCGGACACGUGGAACGCCACCGCGAAUCAGUGGAACUACCCACAGACGCCUGCGCGGGUGCAAAUCUCGAUCUGGCCUGGAGGCGCCAGCUCCAACGCUCCAGGUACCAUUCAAUGGGCAGGCGGGCUCGUCGACUGGGACUCAGAUGACAUAAAUAAAUACGGAUACGACUUCGCCACUUUCGGCGAAAUUAGUAUUCAGUGCUUCAACGCAUCGUCUGCUCCAGGUACUAACAACGCUGUUUCCUAUACAUACAACAACUUAGUAGCACUCAACAACUCCGUUGGCAACGGAUAUAAGCCGACGGUUCUAAGAUCAUUUCUAGGAACGGGCCUGGAUAUGGACAUCGAAGAACAACGCUCUUCUAUCAGUUCUUCAGAGAGCCAGACCCAUGCCCCCGUGGACUCCAUUCCUGGCGGCAGUCCAAGUCUCCCUGCUUCUGGUGAACAUAUGCAAAGUGGCUUCUCGUCAACCGUUGUUAUUGCAAGCAGUUCUACUUCCUGUGCAGAGUCUUCAUUUUCUCAGUAUUGCGGCUCUAGCAGUGGCAGCUCGAAGAGUGACGGUGGUCGAAUAGUUAGAGGGCAGCGUGUCCUGGGUGCUAGCGCUAUAGCAGUUGUCAUAGCCUUUGGUGCUGUGCAUUUUGUGAUGUAA